GUUUUAAACGACGUACUUCCGGCUGUCGCCCCAUGUUUUCUCACAAGAACCGUCUGUCUCUGCAUGAACAUGAUAGCAAUUGAGUGAAUUAAUAUUUUUUAUCCAGAGAUAAGUAUGACAAUAGCUAAAUGAGUCUAGUUAUAACGUGCUGCGUGCAUGUGGUUUCUGUAUGUUGAGUGAAGACGGUUCGUGUUUCGGUGGAUUUUGACAGAUCGCGAUACAGCUGUAACCUUGGGGUUGUCUUUGCUUUAGCCAGCAAAUACGCGAUGUCUGGAUUAUAUUGUGCCUUCCAGAGAACUUCAGCUGCUGCUAUAAAGAGCCUGACAGAAGCCAGCCAUCUCCCGUGGUACUGCCCUUCUCGAUGCCUUUUCAGGAAAUCACGUGUCCCUCAAGAGGUGUAUGAAGAGCGAUCUCAGGACCACGAGAAGUACGGUGGCGACCCAGAGCAACCUCACAAACUGCAUCUUGUUACAAGAGUGAAGUCGGUAUCCAGACGACCAUAUUGGGAAAAGGAAAUGAUCAAAAACUUGGGGUUGGAAAAGAGGCUUACACCUGUUGUCCAUAAGAACAUACCCUCUGUGAAUAACCGGCUGAAAAUAGUAAAGCAUCUUGUAAGGAUUCAACCCCUGAAGCUACCAUAUGGCCUCCCUGCUGAAGAAGACAUGGCCGACACAUACCUUAAUAGCAAAGGAGAAUUAAUAGUUCGGAAACUACUCAAGCCAGCGGAGCCCAAAGCUAUUGACUCGAAUUAACUCACCACACGCUCUGUAAUUUGAAAUUUGUUAAAUAAACUGCUGUAUGUUGCUUAA